UUUGUCUUCACAGGAGGUCUCAGCAUGAGACGGCAGCACUGGUGUGGGAUGACCGCCAAAAUGGGCUCCGUGUUAUCAGGGGUCUUUACCAUCAUGGCCAUCGACUUGCACCUCAUCUUCGAACAGAAGUACUUAAGGAGAAGCAAUUGCACUGAGCUUACCGCACAGACCAAGAGUACAAGUAUCCUGAUAAAACAGUUCAUGAUCUGCUGGAGUUUGACUAUCGUCUUCUUCCUAUCUUUCAUCACCAUCAUCAUCUGCUUCUUGCUCCUAUACUCAGUAUAUGCCCAUAUGUACAAGGGCCUGGUGAUCUACAUCAUCUGGAUCUUCUUCUAUGAAACUGUAAACAUUGUAGUACAAACACUUACCAAUGAUGAUUCUAACAUUGGAGAGGUCAGAAUCAUGCGCUGGUUUGGUUUGGUGUCCCGUAUAUUGGUGCACUGUUUCUGGAUGUACUUUGUCAUCACCUAUGCCUACAUGAUCUACAAAAAUCAAAGCCAGGGCAAUAUCAUUUCCUACAACAGACGUAUUUCUACAGGUAGUAGAGAAUUCCCACGGCGGAAAUCAAAGAUAAUACACUUUACCCACCGGCCACUAUAG